UCCAUGUCCGUGGUCCGCGAUGUUUGCCGGUCGUCGUGUGCUAAUAAUGUGAAAAACUGAAAUGAUGGCUUAUAAAUAGUUGAAUAGUGAUUAAAACAGUUGUUUAUAUCAUGGCCUCUUCAAUGGAUGAGUGUGUGUUGGAUUUUGAUAUUGAACUUCUCCAUCAAUCAAGUAAAUAUGAACUGGAAAAGGCGUUACAUACAGUACGUGUCCUGAAAACCAAAAUAACCCGGACAAGUGAUGUCCUUAAAAAGUAUUAUGCAAAAGUAGCAGAAUGCAAACAACUAGAAGACCUUGCCCUUGCAGCAAAGGAGGACUAUCAGCAUGCUUGUAUGGAAAACCUGACAUUUAGAGAGCAGAGUGCUGGAUUGGAAGAGGAAGUCAAAAGAAUUAAUGAAGCACAUAAAAUAUUAGGAGAAAAAUACAAUACUGUGCUUAACCAAUAUGAGGGAAUACAAUCACAUUCAAAACAAUUGGAACUUCUUGUUAAGGAAAACGAAACUACAAUUGAAUCCUUUACGAUUGAAAAUAAACUAGAAAAGUCAACUUCAAAAGAAUCAGAGAAAAAACAUGCAGCUCUUCAAAAAGAAUUAGAUUAUCUGAAAAGAAAUAUCUGCCGUGUCAAACACGUCGUCCUCGGAAAGAAAAAAGUUACAAAGAAAAUUAAAUUAUUUUUGAAUAAAUACGGAAAUACAGAUGGCGGAACCGAAAAUGAUAGGGAGAAUAGUUCUGAUGAGGAUACUUUUGAAGAUUGCCUUUCACCUUUGGGUGCAGAGCUUGAUAAUGUUCUGGGAUCACCAGCCGGAAACAAAGAUAAAACUGCAUUCAAACUUCAAAGCAACAAUAUCAAUGAAGAAAAUACAAACACUGAAGAUGAUUCUGAAAGUAGUACCGGAGUUGUCAGUUCAGAUACUGGCCGGGGCUCGUCGUUAGCCGGCUCAAUACUAAGUCCAGAGUAUUUCAUUCACCACAGCCCUUUAAGUGGGGAAAUCGUAGCUAGUAAAAAUAAAAUGGUUAUCAGUAUUGCCACAAGCCCUAUUUUAACACAAGAGGUCAAUAGUAUUGCUACGAGUCCGAUCAUUUUUAAAGAUAUCCUCUCGAAAGAAAUGGAAAGUGAAGAUUCUAAAUUAUCAAAUAAAGAAAGUUUGCACAAUAAAACAAAAUCCCGCCACAGCCCACCCGUUAUGAUUGACAGAGUAGUUAGUCCCAUAUUUGUAACUCAGUACGCCGAUAUGUCAACAAGCACAGACAAAAAUACAAUUUGCGUGACCGGUAUUAGUCCACUCAAGCGAAGUCGAAGAAUAACUGACGGUAAUUCUACCAGCGAUCCUAACACUCAGGAGAAAAUGCAUCUGGAUAUUAACAACAUCAACGAUUUCGACGACGAGAGUAGCGACGGAGAAAUUCAAAUGAUAUUCGAUAAAAUGCGGUUCGAUCAGAACUUAAUAACACCCCUUCCCACCACACCUGCCAAAACACGCACAGAGGUGGCAUCAAAUAUUGCCACACAAACCGUAUUACACACGGCCGGCGUGUGCCCGGACGCGGUCAAACUUAAGGAGGACAACGCCGCCCUGAAAAACACAGUGGAUAAACUGGCCCAGCAAGUGACGAGCAUGAACGAUACAUUUAUUAAAUGUUUCCUGUCGAUCCUCAACGCGAACACUACGAAUACCGAGGUGCAAAAAAUGUUACGAGAGAAGUGUUCGCCGGAAGAAAACGGAAUAAAUCCGUUUCAAAAUCUCGAACCUAAAGCGCUCAUCGUCGAAAACAAAGAGGAGACGGUAGAUAAAUCCGACGUAAUCAAAAGGAAGCCAGGGUUCAAAGGUAGAAUAUCAAAAAUGAAAGAACUGUUUGACGACUUGUCGCCUCCGAGCCCUUGUGUUGUUCUCGCAUCGGAACCACCGCUGACGUCCCGCUCGCCGUCGCCCUUGCCCUCGCCCUCGCCUGCAUCCGCGCCCUCGCCUGCACCCACCCCCGCGCCUGCACCCACCUCCGCGCCUGCACCCACCUCCGCGCCUGCACCCACCCCCGCGCCGGCACCCACCCCGCCGCCGUCCUCACCCCCGCCCGCACCCCCGCCUCUUCGGUCCCCCUCCUCGUCCCCAGCACCGGUGGCCAAUGGAAACACCUCUAACAUCAGUGAUCAGCAAAAUAAUAGCUUCAAAUCCAAGGAGAACUUGCAAUUUGAAGAUUCGCUGUCGAACGAUUCCUUAUCGGUUGAGGCGCCGUCCGACCGGGAGAUGUACGACCAUGAGAUUGUUGUCGAGUUGGCCCCGGAUUCGAAUGAGAGCGACAGAAGUAGCCUGCAUGCGAUUCUAAUGGAGCAGCAGCGAUCUCCUCCCGAAGAGAACGCCGAAGCUAUCAAAAGAACGCCGAAAAAGAGGUUGACAAAAUUAGAAAAACUCCGAAAGAACAUGGUGCCUAGGAGCAAGAUAAAAAGGGAACUGUUGCCGGAAAGAAAGACUAGACAAAAGUUACGUAUGCAGCCGAAGCGCCUGACGGCGAAUAAACAGAGGAUUCUGGACGGCUCCGUUUCCCCCAAUAAUGAUAAGGCCGCUUAUGAAAAAGCUUGUAAAGUUAUGGCCGAAUUGAAGUCUAAAGAAAAAGGUGCAAAAAAGUCUACUUCUGUUGCCGCUCCAAAAAAGAAUACUCAGAAAUCCAUACCUAUUGAAAAGUUGCCGUCCCCGGUUAUUGAAAAUAGUGUGGAAAUUCAUAGGCACGAUCAAAGUCUUACCCAUGAAAAGUUGUUACCGGUAUCUCCAAAUAAAUUACCUGAAGAGGAUUGUUCUAUCAAAACUCGUAUGAACCUAGAUUGCACUAAACGAGGCAAUGAAAAUAAACACACUUUGAUUACUCCAUCUAAACCUAUUGAGACUUUAAAAUGCGUUGCUGCAGGAAAGGAUGCAUCCCUAACAGGGCUUCGAACAAGCAAGCAAAUUAAAAGCGAGAGAAAACAAGACUGCAUUUCGGUAGUGACUCAUUUUAAUACAAAUCACUUGAAAUCUCCAGCUCUUAAAAGAUACGACAGAAAUGUAGUUCCUAAUAAAAGUGAAACUAAUAAUAAUAAUACACAAAUUCUAAACUUUCUAAAACAUGAUAAUCUCAUAUUGGAGAAUGAGAACGCGAAUACUGAGGCAGUGCAAGUCGACAGUCGAACACGGCUUAAGCGCCCGGCGUGUGAUAGACCAGAUAUUGUUCCGAAAAGAAUCUUACGAAGUUCAUCAAUUCAAUGCGAGAACGAGAAUGAAGAUAUGAAUCCUCAAAAUGUACCUGACCAGAAAAUACGAAGUAAAAUACAAAGUGAACUUGCUAAAGACAUUAUUAGUUAUGAUGAUCUGGACCUAUUUAACAACAGUGACGUUGACAAACCGGCUAAACCUGAUCGACCAAUGCCAGAUGUUAGUGGUGCUUCAGCAAAACAGUCAGAAAAUAAAAAGCCUGGAAUUUUAUGCACUUUCAUAGAUAAAUAUGGCAGGAAAAGCUUGAAACAUGCUCCCAAUAUUCCAGAUAAUGCUAUCAGUGCAAUUUGUAAACAAUUAGAAGACGGCGUUGCGCACAUACAGAAGCUCCCUCCUCAAGAUACAAAACCGGCAAUGGACAAAUUGGUCAAGGACUUGAAGACCAAACCGGCAGAUCAUUUUAUAUCUGGACUUAUAAACUUCUUAAAGGAGCCUGCAAGAAAAAUUGAUUUAUAUAAUAAAAUUAACGUUCCACCUGCACCACCUAUGACCAAAGUUGAGCAAAUACUCAUAUAUGUUGUGGCACAACUUAAACUUAACUGGGCCAAUUUGAAUGUAGUGGAAAGCAUACUAAGCUUUAUUGAAUACACGCUAUUCAUGUUGAAUCGGACACCAGAAUUUGACGUUAUUGAAACUUUGUCACAUUUUUAUGCUGUUUUAUGUAGAUAUAAUAAGGAUAAAAACCGCCUGAGGCUAUUUGUAAUGGACGCUAUGUAUUGUCUUCAGUACAAAGCUGUGCCGCUUAUAAAACAGUGCAUGGAUGUGUGGAUGCACAUUUUACCGUUGGCGCAUUUGGGACUGGCUAAAAAUCCCCUGGUCCAAUGUCUUGUCUACCUAUUGCAUUUCUACAAAUGCGAAGAUAAAUUCAAUAGAGUGCAAGAAAUUAGAAAUAUACUUCAUAGGAAGUAUUUCUACGAAGUUUCAGAGUGGAAUGAACCUGGCAUUCUUGAGAUGAUCCGAAACUCGAUUCUGGAAUUGAGAGACAUUUCAGGUGAGAAGAAAAUGAUAAGAAUGUCUCUCAUAAUCAUUGCUAAGAGAAAUGGCGCACAAUGGUGUCAAAAGCACAUAAUUAAAAACAUGCUGCUGCCAAUUAUAGAACAAGCCAGUGUAUCUGAGAAAAUCAAACUGUUCUGCGUGGCUUUGCUGGGACCAUUGCUAAAGCCGUUCCCUAUGGAAAUGAAAGUUAAUUGUGAGAUCGUCAUGAACCAGCUGUUUGAUAUUCUGGACCGUAAUCCUUCGCCACAAACGGAGGAAGCGGUUUUCACAAGCUUAAUAUUCAUGAGUCGACAUAACUUAUUCCGGGUGAUCAGAGCAUUGCUUUGCUGGACUCCACAGAGUAUCUCACCGGAAUUUGAGGAACUACUGAGAGACUUUGUUAGAGAAAGGCCAGUGAAGUCGUGGAGGCAGGUUGUAUCGAAAAUCUUUAUUCACAACUAAACAAUUCAUCUUGUGUGGAUGUGUGGGGACAAUCGUGAAAGACAAUAUUUUAAUUUCUUAUAACUUUGACUCUUUUUUAUGUUAGUCAAGUUAAGCUAAGCAAAUAUUAAUUAUUAAAGGUUGCCCAAAGUACCUAAGUACUGCAACCUAAUUAAGUACCUAAGUAUAUUAUGUAUAAAACUAAGCUUAGCUUAAGGAGCUUGAGUCAUGUAAAUAGUAUCUUUAAUUACACUACAUCUGUGAUCGAGUAAGAUUUAAUUUCGUCUACUUCAUUUUCGAAGAACCUAAAAUUUAAUAAAUGGUAAUAAAGUAAUAUUAAACUA